UCACAGGAAAAUGAAAUUUCACCAGGCCACAUUAUUCUUGUUCAUCGCAGUUGUGUGGGCAGUAAUUGCGCUCGCUUCUACCACUGUUCCCUGUCCUCUUCUUUACAACCCCGUUUGUGGGGCUGAUGGAGAAGUCUACAGCAACGAUUGUUUUCUACAUAAUGCGGGGGUGGAACUUGCAGAAUCCUGGGAAAUUUGCCGUGGUCACGAACUCUGUCCUUCUAUCUGUACUGAAGAGUACGACCCUGUCUGCUUUGAAGGCGAAAUUUACGAAAAUCGAUGUAAGAUGCAGUCCCUUCAUUGUGGACUACUCAUAGUUGAGGAUCCACUGGAAUAUUGCCUGGAAAAAUAGGUGGCGACACCAUCGUCAUCUGUCGAAAAAAUUCAAAACCUAGUACACUAGCACCAAAAUCACAGUACUUGUAAAUAAUAAACAAAUUAAUAGUAUAUCUAUGUUAUUUUUACAAGUUACGACGUUCACAAUAGGUUUUGAGGAAUAAUUUUUAUUUAAAUUGGUACGACGUUUCGAUCGCUGAUGCUGUCAUUCUCAAGCGUACCAAUCGAAACGUCGUACCGGUUUAAAUAUAGCUUAUUCCUCAACACUACUGUAACAACU